CGUUUACUGUCGGAACUUAACAGUGUGACAUUUAGCGGAAGUAAACAACAACACUCUCUUGUAGCUUUAGCUGCAUUAGAGGUACUGUAGCCGUAUUGUAGAUAAUUAUUUCAGUUUCAAUUACGCAACAAUGCCUUCAGUUGAGUAUGUGAGACAGUUUGUCAACGAGCGACUAACUGCUGCUGCUGAAGAAAUAUUCAGAGUUUUUGAAAAAACUAUCGUCGAGUACGAGGAAGAGAUCGAUCGUCAGCGCAGACUGUUGAGUAACGUUAUCGAUUGGAAUCCCAAAAUAAAGUUACACAUCAUAGAGCUCCCACAGCAACAUGUCUGUGAGGAGGAGGAGGUUCUCGCUGACCAGCAGCAGAUGUGUACUCAGGAGAGGAACUCCAGUCCGGACCAAGAGGAGCCAGAUCGUCCACAGAUUAAAGAGGAACAGGAGGAACUCUGCAUCAGUCAGGAGGGAGAGCAGCUUGUACUGAAGCAGGAGACUGAUGCCUUUAUGUUGACUCCUACUUAUGAGGAAAGUGGCCGCAGUGAAGAUCAGACUCUGAACUUUAGUAUCGAUCAAUCUCAGUGUGUGGUGGAGGAAAAGAGUCUAAACUACAUUCCAGGUAACAGGUCUGUAGUAUCAGAACCAAACACUGACCUGCUCCUCUCUCAUGAAACUGAGAGCCAAGAUAAAAAAAGAGGCAAGCAUGGAGACUCUGGAUCAAUUAGAAAUGCAGAGCCAGAAACAAACAAGAGACAUCACAAAAGCAGAAGUCACAGUAACAGUGUAAACAGCCCUAACUUGUCAGAGAUUCACUUUGAUACUCACACAGGUAAAAAGAUGUAUAACGAUAUAAGAAUCCACACAGAUGAGAAGCAACAUUCUUGCCAAACAUGUGGGAGAAGUUUCAGUCGGAUAUCAUCAUUGAAAUAUCAUUUAAUAACCCACACAGGUGAGAAGCCAUAUUCUUGCAAGACAUGUGGGAAAACCUAUGGUCAGAUAUCAUCAUUGAAGUAUCAUAUAAGAACCCAUACAGGUGAGAAGCCAUAUUCUUGCAAAACAUGUGGGAAAGCUUUCAAAUGUAAUAAUAUUCUGAAAGUCCACAUGAGAACCCACACAGGUGAGAAGCCAUAUACUUGUAAAACCUGUGGGAAUAGAUUCUGUGACCUGUCAGCAUUGAUAAGACAUAUGAGAAUCCACACAGGUGAGAAGCCGUAUACUUGUAAAACAUGUGGGAAAGAUUUUAGUCGUAGCGAUGAUUUGAAAGUCCACAUGAGAAUCCACACAGGUGAAAAGCCAUAUACUUGUAACACUUGUGGGAAGAAUUUCAGACGUAGCACUGAAGUGAUGGUCCAUAUGAGAAAAGCCCACACUGGUGAGAAGCCGCGUCUUUUUUAAAGGCAUAUAAUAUAAGAGUGCAGACAGACAAGUCAUUUUCUAAUGGAAUCCACACGAGGAAGAGAGGAGUCACGUGUAACACUUUCAGAAAAAGUUUUUCUCAAAUCACGUUCUUCAAAAAACACAUGCGGAUCAAUAUACA